AUGACCACUCCCGCCCUGCUGCCGCUCUCCGGGCGGAGGCUGCCCCCCCUCAACCUGGGGGCCUCCGCCUUCCCGCACCACAGGGCUACCUUGAGACUCUCCGAAAAAUUUAUCCUGCUCCUUAUCCUUAGUGCCUUCAUCACCCUGUGCUUCGGGGCGUUCUUCUUCCUCCCCGACUCCUCGAAGCACAAGCGCUUUGACCUGGGCUUGGAGGAUGUGCUCAUUCCUCAUGUGGACACCAGCAAAGGGGGCAAAAACCUCGGCGGCUUCCUCAUCCACGGGCAAGGGCACGACGAGCACCGGCACAGAGAAGAAGAGGAACGUCUGAGAAAUAAGAUCCGAGCAGAUCAUGAAAAGGCUCUGGAAGAGGCUAAGGAGAAAUUGAAGAAAUCACGUGAUGAGAUUCAAGCUGAGAUUCAGACAGAAAAGAACAAAGUAGUGCAAGAGUUGAAAAAGAAAGACAGCAAGCCACUGCCCCCUGUUCCUUUACCAAAUCUUAUAGGGAUAAACAGUGGAGAACCAGCAGACCCGGAUAUCCGAGAGAAGAGGAACAAAAUUAAAGAGAUGAUGAAGCAUGCCUGGGACAAUUAUAGGCAAUAUGGAUGGGGACAUAAUGAGCUCAAACCAAUUGCCCGGAAAGGACAUUCCACCAACAUAUUUGGAAACUCACAAAUGGGUGCUACCAUAGUAGAUGCAUUGGACACUCUUUAUAUCAUGGGGCUUCACGAUGAAUUCAGAGAAGGACAAGAGUGGAUUGACAAAAAUCUUGAUUUCAGUGUGAAUUCCGAAGUGUCUGUUUUUGAGGUCAAUAUUCGCUUCAUUGGUGGUCUUCUAGCAGCAUACUACCUUUCAGGACAAGAGGUUUUCAAGAUCAAAGCCGUGCAAUUGGCAGGAAAACUUCUUCCAGCCUUCAACACACCUACGGGUAUACCAUGGGCAAUGGUGAAUCUGAAAAGUGGUGUGGGUCGAAACUGGGGCUGGGCUUCUGCCGGCAGCAGCAUCCUCGCUGAGUUUGGUACUCUGCACAUGGAAUUUGUCCACCUCAGCUAUUUGACAGGGGACCCUGUAUACUACAACAAGGUCAUGCACAUUCGGAAGUUACUUCAAAAAAUGGAUCGUCCUAAUGGACUUUAUCCAAAUUAUUUGAAUCCAAGAACAGGCCGGUGGGGUCAGCAUCACUCUUCAGUGAAUCUAUUUGCAGACAGUUUUUAUGAAUAUUUAUUGAAAGCCUGGCUUAUGUCAGACAAGAUGGACACGGAGGCAAGGAAAAUGUACGACGAUGCAAUUGAGGCCAUAGAAAAACAUCUCAUCAGAAAGUCCAAUGGAGGACUGACCUUCAUCGGGGAGUGGAAGAAUGGGCACCUUGAAAGAAAGAUGGGCCAUUUGACCUGUUUUGCAGGGGGAAUGUUUGCCCUUGGAGCAGAUGGUUCCAGAGAUGAUAAAGCUGGACAUUAUUUGCAGCUUGGAGCUGAAAUUGCACAUACGUGUCAUGAGUCAUAUGACAGGACAACAUUAAAGCUGGGUCCAGAAGCAUUCAAAUUUGAUGGUGGUGUAGAGGCGGUGGCAGUGCGGCAGAAUGAGAAGUAUUACAUCCUAAGACCAGAGGUGAUUGAGACUUACUGGUAUAUGUGGAGAUUCACCCACGAUCCCAAGUACAGGCAGUGGGGCUGGGAGGCAACGCAGGCAAUUGACAAGUAUUGCCGAGUGAGUGGUGGCUUUUCUGGUGUCAAGGAUGUCUAUUCCUCAUCUCCUACGUAUGAUGAUGUACAGCAGAGCUUUUUCCUUGCUGAAACUUUGAAGUAUUUGUAUCUGCUUUUCUCCAAUGAUGACCUUCUACCACUAGACAACUGGGUUUUUAACACAGAAGCUCAUCCUCUGCCUGUUUUACAUUUAGCCAACACCACACUGUCAGGAAAUCCUGCAUAUCGAUAAAAACAGCUCUAUGAAGAGGAAAAGAGACUGUUUUCAGCUCUGAUUUGUUUACAUGGACCACUUGAGACUUUAAGCAGGAGAGGAGACAGACACUUGAUAAAACCAGACCUCUGAUUCAAGCAAAUACUGGCGUGAGAAACAAAGCUCUUCAACAUAUAGAUAAGUUAAAACUGAAAAAAAAAGUUCUGUUUUAUACAUGACCAAAACACGUUAGUAUGGUAUUUGCAGGACAGAGACUUCAUGUGCUUUGAACCCUAGCAAGACAUCGAAUCUACUGUUUAAUAUAAACACAGCAGCAUAAGGAAGAAGAGGCUUUCCCAUCCAGGGAGAGGAACUUGCUGCUGUUUGCUGUUGCAAGGAACAACACGCCAGUCACCUCUUCAGAUCGGGUGGGUUCCAAAUACCUAGAUUUUAUUUUGGGUUUUUUGUGUUUGAUGAUGGCAUGAACAAAGGAACAACAAAAAGCAACAUCACUGCACCAGCAGCAUCAGGAUUUGGAUUUUUUUCUGUACCUG